UACUUGGUAGUGAAUGUGCAAAUUUCCAAAACAUAAAUACUUUUGAAAAGAUGUUACUUUAGUAAGUCACUAGCAUGUACACACUAACGAUACGAAACAUUCGCAAUGUACGUCGUUGGAUUCAUUUGAUUAUUAGCCAUUUCGUACAUAUAACGAUACCAACUAUUGCUAUCGUUAGUUUGCAAUGACUCGUCGGGAAAGUAAGAUAGAGCAAUCUGAACUCACUUGUUCUGUUUUCGAGAGGGGCAAGCGAAGCAUCAAAAGUAACAACGACUGUAAGUAACAAUUGAAGGGAAAUUUUGCCCAACAAAUUCGACAUACAUGCGGUGCACCGGAAUAAAAAAUAUACUUGUGGUGACAAUGGGAAAAUCAUCUGUAAAACUAUUCUUCAAUAUUGUCCUGAUAUUUACUGUGGCAUCGGCUGAUUCAAAUCUUAACAAUUCCAUAAAUUGCUCGCUUAUUUCUGAGCCUACAUCGAUCAUUGAAAUAGUACCAAUCAGAUAUAAUGUUAAACUUACGAUAAAUCCGGAAAUGAGAACUAUAAUAACCAUAGCUGAUAUUAUGAUUCAUGUUAAACUACCACUGAGAAACAUAAAAUUGCACGGGCGCGAAAUAAAAGCGAAUAUUCUGGCAUCAAAGAUUAUGACGAUUAAUUCACUGUCGAACUGUAACUACGGGUAUGCACAUAAUAAACUGAAAAAUUUCGAUUAUUGUGAAGAAAAUGACAUCUUGAUUCUGACGUUUGAGAAAAGGAUAUUGACUGGAUAUUACUGUAUACAUUUGGAACUUGAAUCUUCAUUAUUUUAUAACGAAGUCAUUUUUCCAUACUUUUUGAAUGAAGACCACAACAACAAUAGGUGGUUAAUCACGAAUCUAUAUAAAUCAAACGCGAUACGAAGACUGUUUCCAUGCUGGGACGUUCCGCAAAUAAAAGCAUCCUUCAACAUCUCCAUCAGGCAUCCUAUAAAUUAUACUGUUCUUUCGAGUGCGCCUAUAAGAUACAAGUCGAUUGAAAAAGGCGGCACCGAAUUGACAAGUUUUCGAGAAAGUUCCUCGAUGCCAACAUAUCAGUUAGCGAUCGCGAUGGUCAAUAAGAUGAAAAUGCAUAAUGAUUACAAAAACAUCUACUUCUUUUGGCACCAGUCGAAUAGGACGAGAAGAUUCAAAUAUGCACAGGACAUAACACAUUUAAUCAUAUUUUAUCUUGUCGAAUAUACAAACAUGGAUGUUUUAAACGUCACUGAGAAAAUUGAUCAUAUCAUCGUUCCUAAUGGACCUAUCAAAUCCGCAGGAGGACGCCAGCUUAUUAUUUACAGAGAAAAGGAUGUUUUUUAUGAUAGUACUUCAGAAACUUUCGGUCAGAAUAUUGAGGUAGUAAAAUUGAUAGCAUAUGAAAUAGCACGUCAAUGGUUUAUCGGCUAUGCUAGUCCUUAUUUGAAGAAUGACAUCGGGAUAAACGAGAUCCUCGCGUCUUUUUACAGCUAUCAUAUCACAGCCGAGCUAUUGACAACGAAUUUAGCUACUGACAAAUUGAUGCAACUAUUCGUAGUCCAAAAUCUACAGACUGCAUUAGAUAGUAACUACUCUUUAGAGCUGGAAUCUAUUAUACUGAAAGCUAAGGGCGAUGAUGGAAUUCAUGGAUUACUUUACUCACUGCUGUAUCAUAAAAAAGCAUUCGUACUAAUUCGCAUGUUGAGCUGCCUUGUAACUCCGAAAGUUUUUCAACAGGUCAUUGAAAAAUAUAUACAUACACGUACCGAGAACUUGUGGAUACUUCUGGAGGAGCACUAUUUGCAGAAGGACAACAGGAGGUAUACAAUAAGAGAAAUUAUAUAUUCAUGGAUAAAGACAGUACAUCAUCCUACGUUGAGGAUCAUUAAACAGGAUCAUCGACUCACAGUGCAGUACACGUCAGAAAUGACGAAAGGACAAAAUAAUUGGCCUACGAUACCUAUAAAUUAUGUUACGCGAUCAAAUCUCACUUCCUACAAUAUCACGAAUUUUAUUUGGCUUGAAUCAAAUCAAGUGGAAGUUAUCGCAGAUAUUGAUCCUACUGAUUUUUACAUACUCAACAUGGGCUUAACUGGUUUUUAUCGGAUUAAUUACGACUUGAAGAAUUGGCUAACAAUUUCCUCUUACCUACAGUUUGACAAUUAUUCAAACAUACCCGCUAUCAAUCGUGCUCAACUAAUCAAUGAUGCAUAUUAUUAUACGAAAAAGGGUGAACUCAAUUUAUUUAUCUUCAUCGAGAUCAUUCAAUAUCUAAGGUAUGAAACGGAUUACAUACCAUGGUAUCCUAUGUUUAAUAUCAUGGUCGAUAUGUCGGCUUAUUUGCAGCAUCCAAGAGGACUUGCAACAAAACAACAAUUUAUAUAUCCACUUCACGAACUUCUUCAGAACGUGGGAUACGAAGAACGUCCUGGAGAUAAUGAGAUGACGAAGUCGUUAAGAUUAUUAACAGUAACGUGGGCCUGUAAACUUGGUCACGACAGUUGCAGGGAAGCCGCUACCGAUCGACUGAUUACAUAUAUCUACAAUCAGACGAAAACAAUUCCAUUGUUGUGGAAGGACUGGGUAUUAUGUGCAGGGAUGAUGCAAUUAACCUCGACUAACUGGAACAAUAUUUUGGAAGAUAGUAUUGAGCAUAAAAAGCUGGGGUUUUUAGACUACUUGACUUGUUCAGAGGAUGCUAAAAUCAUUACAAAUUAUUUAUCUCUGAUGUUACGUGCAAAUCUCGGAGAGCACAUAGGAUUCCCAAUGGGAAAGAUAUAUCUUACUAUUGUGAAAAAACAUUUGAGGAAGCCUAUUGUGUUAAAAUAUGUGUUAGAAAAUUAUUAUGAAACAUUGAACAGAUUCCACACUGAUUUUGAAAAGAGCACUCUGCUAACUUAUAUCUUUAUGAAUGUGGAUACAAUGGAAGCAUUGGAGCAGAUACACACAUAUGCACGCCAUAAUUUUCCUGUUGAUGAUCGUCGGCUGUGGAAUACGUUUUAUGACUUGAAAGCGUUACGAAGUCGGCAAAUAAUAAAGGAAUUGAACAAGUUUGAAAUGUCAAUCCAGGUGCUUGUAUCCAAAAUGGAGACAACAUCUUUAAAACUACUUUUCAUUAUUACCAUGAUGUUUCCUGCUGCUAAUCAUGCUACUUGGGAAGAUUUUAUGAAGCACUUGCACACUUGCGGGCAAACGUCUGCCGAUCAAGUGGCACCAAUAUCACAUGAUGUUACCCUUAAAAUAAAACCGGAGAGAAACAUUCUGUCAGGCAAAACCGAUAUCACUAUACAAGUAAAAUUACUUACGACGAAUAUAAGUUUGCAUGCACACAAUUUGGAAAUUGAUAUGGCGUGCACAAUGAUUAUGAAACCUGGUACAGAGCCGGAAUGUCGUGAAGAGAAUGCCGCAUCUAAACUAUUGAGAAUUACAUAUUGUUCCGAAAAUGGGAUUACGACCCUGAUCUUUACCGAUUACAUACUCCCUGGGCGGUAUAUCUUACAUAUAGAACAUUUUUUUCUUAUGGAUAAUAAUGAAAACAAGAUCAUUUAUCCAUACACUUGGAAUAAUGAAUCUAGGUGGAUCGUCACAAACUUAUAUUCAUCAAACGCGGUACGAAGACUAUUUCCAAGCUGGGAAACGACAACAAAACAAAGCUUCCAUAUGAAAAUGAAUUAUGAUAAAUCAUAUAUAGCUUACUUGAAUAUACAUAAUACACCUACAGAGCAUUCAUAUAAUAAAGGAAACACUCAAACUACGCUAUUUUCAAACGUUUACCAAACUUCUAUUAAUUCUCUCUCGUUUAUGUUUAUCGAUAAACGUGAUUUGAUGAUAAAUACCAACUACGACAUGAACCUUCUGCAGCAAGAAUCGAAUGUGACAGCAACACUUAAAUACAUGCAAAUAUUUACACUUCAGACUAUCUUACAUUUCAAACGGGUCAUAAAAAUCACUUUGUCUGAAGUCAUAAAUGAAAUUAACUAUGUCGUACUCCCAAUUUGCCCAAUGAAGUCUGCGGGACGAUUUGGACUAAUUGCUUACAGGGAAAAAGAUGUUACGUACAAGAAAGGAGUAGAUUUUCCUGGAAAAAUGAUUGAUAUUGCGAAGUUGGUAUCAUAUGAAAUGUCACGUCAAUUGUUCAUCAGUGUAAUGAACUCGCAUUUGAACAUUGAAGACAAGUGGUUCGAUGAGAUACUUGCGUCCUUCUACAGUUUUUAUAUUGUAGAAAAGAUAUGGUUAACAGAACAAAUGAUGGAGCUGUUCGUAGUCCAAAAUCUACAGACUGCAUUAGAUAGUGACAUUUAUUUAGAGCUCAAACCUAUUAUACAUAAAUCUAAGAGCGAUUAUGGAAUUGAUGGUUUACUUUAUCCUUUGCUGUAUCACAAGAAAGCAUUCGCCCUAAUUCGUAUGUUAGUCUAUUUGUUCACUCCGCAAGAGUUUGAUGAGAUCAUUAAGAGAUAUGUACAAUCACGCAAUGUGAAUUUCUGGACAAUUGUUGAGGAAGUAUAUCCUGAAAUAUACAGUAAAAGAUUGCGUGCAAUAAAAGAAAUAAUGAACUCAUGUUUAACGGAAGCACACCACCCAGAAAUGCACAUUAUUCGUAACUAUAGUGACGAAACAGCGACGUUGCAAUGCAACACUGCAACAUUUUCUAAAAACAUCUCCAAUUUUAAGAUACCCUUUACUUACUUAUCCUUUACCUUUACGCCAGAUAUGCAAUUACAUGAUGCUGUUUUUUGGUGUGAGGGAAAUGAGACCAAAUCUAUUAGUUUUCUUGACUCAAAUAAUUUUCUUUUAUUCAACAAGGAACAAUUCGGUUACUAUCGAGUUAAUUACGAUAGCCGGAAUUGGUUACUACUUGCUACUCACUUACAGUCUGCCGCCUUUACAUCCAUACCAGUUCUCAAUCGAGCACAGAUUGUCAAUGAUGCGUUUUACUUUACAACAGUUGGGAAAAUGGAUUCUCGAAUCUUCUUCAAACUUAUAAAGUUUCUAAAUAACGAGAUUAGUUACAUAGUAUGGUAUCCAAUGUUUAAUAUUUUCUCGUAUAUAUCAGCUUUCUUAAAACUUCCAAUAGGCGAUUCGACGAAGACAAACUUCCAGAUUAUAUUGAAUUCAGUUCUUCGUAAAGUGGGAUACGAAGAACGUGAAACCGAUAAUACAAUGACGAUGCCGUUAAGAUUAUUAGCAAUAAAGUGGGCUUGCGAAUUUGGCAACAAAGAAUGCAGAAAUGCCGUUGCUGAAAAAUUGAUCGCGAAUAUAUAUAAUAGUGAACAGAACAUAUUCGCGCAGUGGACAUACCGGAUAUGCUGUACCGGGAACCUAAAUAUGACUGUUUCGGAAUUGAUUUGGCAACAAGGCAUUAGAGAGGAAAAUAUAAAAAUUUUAGAACACUUGAUGUGUAUAGAAAAUGAAAAUAUCUUAAUAUAUUAUUUGGAAUUGAUAACAAAUAUUACCUAUGAGAACAAUAUAUCAAAAUUACCAAUGGGAAGAUUAUAUCGUUCUGUUAUUAAGAAACAUAUCGAAAAGCAAAAAGUGCUAAAUUUCUUUUUGGACAAUUAUUUCCAAAUAAUCGACAGAUUUCCCAACGAAUUUGGUACCCACGAUAAUCUAACUCUAAUAGGUGAUAUCGUUAUGAAUUCACAUAGCGACAUAGUAUUCGGCAAGAUAAACAUGCGCAUAACCAAGGAGUUUUUUGGUGAUAAACUGCGGAGUAGCAUUGAAAAACUUAUUGGAAUACGACGAAGUCAAAUAUCAAGUCAGCGAAGGAAGUUUAAAAUGUUUUAUGAUUGAUGUUUUAUGGUGAUAUUAAUAACCUAGUUGACAUAUAGUUUUUACCACUAUUUCUAGAAAUUAUAAUCUAGUGGGCUUUUUUAUGUUGUAUGUUAUGUAUAUUAUAUGAAGAAUAUUUAUAACAUAAAGUUAAUGUGUAUUUUUUUGUAACUUAUAUCAUGCAAGAUCCGACAGAAGAAAUAAUAAAAUAUAAGAAAAAGCGAGAGUACUUAAAAAAAGACAAAUGUAUAAGUCUCCCGCGGAAAAUAUUAUUUCUUUUCCCGCGCGUUGUAGGCGAUUAAUUAGGAUAAUCACAACGCGUUAGGUUAUCGAACCGGCAUUGGACGUUGAAGAAACGAUAUCUCUUGGCCCGUGGUGGAAAUGACAACUAAAAUCGUACUUUUAUAUUUCCGAAUACACAAGCCCUUGUCGCUAAUUUAAUCGCAAUUGCCGUGCUCUAAAGACUGUAGUAAAAUAAUCUAUUAAGAGUAACAUUUGGAAUAAAAAUCACGUUUACAAGUUA